AUGGUGGAUCAGAAAAGGUACGAAACCGAGAGUCUGAAAGGUAGAUCUAGUACUAACGUCAGAACCAACAGAAAGGAUCUUUAUGAUCUGGAGGUGGAAAGUGACCACGAGCCCGUGGUAUUGCCCGACAUGGAGUUUGAGCUCAUAGAUGUGGAAGAGAAACAAGAUAUUCAAGAACCUCUGGAAGCUCCUCCUGACGAGCCCGAAGAAUUUGCUUUCCCUCUUUUUUCAGCUCCAUCCACCGAGGUCAUGACGGUGACGAUGAGAGAGGAUGAGGACGAGGAGGAGAUCAAUAAUGAAAGACCAGAGUCCUACUACCGAGCGGUUUAUACCACCGAGGAAAAGGAGCAAAUAAAGUUUGCCGCCGUAGAUGCCUCGUUUGUGAUCGAAUGGUCACAGGCAGUUUUUCCUGAUCCAGAUGCGCCCAAGAUGGUGAAUCUCAGACAGCACAACGAGGACGUAGCCAGAGAGCUACAACGUAACCGCAAGCGCAGACCUGGAAAGAAGAAGCGUGAAAGUGCCAUAGUGUGUCGUGAGAGAAGGAAGGCCAGAGAGCAGGAGGUCCGCAAGCUUCGAAAGGAACAAGAAGCUCGUGAGAAGAAGAAGAAGUUCAAGAAGUGGGUUCCUGGAAAGAGCAAUGUGAAGGCUCCUUCGAAGCCAAAGUACAGAACGGAGUAA